AUGAGCGAUCGGCUUGUCUCUUCAUUAUUAUUUCGACGAGGACGAUCCGUACAACGGUUACGCAAAACCGAUCACCGUGACAAAUCCAGCAAUCAUAUCCACCACACUUUGCCGCCUUCACCGUUAUCGUCGUCGUCAUAUCAACAGCGACAAACACUACCACCACCACAACCACAACCUCGUCUUGAUGCAAAGAAACGAUUUGCCAAGGUCAUAUCAUGCUUACGCUUCAUUCACAAGGGGAAACGUAAUGAUAGAAAUGCGCAUGAUGAUGAUAUUGAAACGACCAUGAACAAUGAUGAUACGGUUGCAUCGCAACGAUUUAUGGAUGAGGCAUUACCAUCACCACCGCCAACGCCACAACAACAAAUCUGCAGCAGGAAUGAAUUGCAGCGAACUUCAGCUGAAUACCAUCCAUUACCAUCACCUGAUAUUGUUUAUGGAGGUGCACUUUCACCCCCACCUCGCCACCACCGCACAGUAAGGGAGCAGUUUUCAGCAAGCAUGUUUGAAGAUCACCCCGAAAGGUACAAUGACAACGAAACACCAUAUAAAAUCCGCAAACGCCCAGCUCUUCUCAAACGCACUGCAAGCAUGAAUGGCCAUUUGCGUUUAUCCAUUGAUGUGGACCAGCAUUAUAAUACCUCCUCUGCCAUAACCGAUGCUAGUUCAACUACAGACGAUGUUACUACAACAGCUGCAUCAUCAUCCUUUCUACCUACACAACCACGAAGCAUCCCUAUUUCAACGCAUCAUCAUCAUCAUCUUCAAUCCUUAGCUGAUCCAUCAUCCAUUGUCACCGACUCUAGCAGCACCACUGCUGACGAAUCAUUAUUUUGCCAUGGGCCAUUUCCAUCAUCCACGUUAUUACCAUUAAGCUCGACCUCGCCACUUGAACAACAACAACAACAACAGCAAGAUGAGCUGGGCUCAUCUACAACCACCGUAGUGGAUGAUGAUAAAGCACAAUAUGAUGCCGUGGUGGCAGGUACAAUUGGACGUAGCAGCAGAGUUCGGAAGCCCUAUUGUCAACGAUCAUGGAUUGCCAAUGCGAUUGCAAGUACAUAA